UAGAUUUAAAGUUGUAUCAGACAUUUUUUUUUUUUUUUAGUAAAAGUGAAUUUAAACCUGGCAGUGGUAGGGUCUUAUCCUCCGCCCCAGGAGCUGCAACAGUGGCUGCUGGGGGCUGGAAACAGCGGAACUAAAGGAAGACGGAUCCUUCAGUUGCUGGGGCGGACGUGGGCCCAAUCUGUCCGUCCUUGCAAGUUUCCCCCAGGGCAGGGACUUAGACCUGUGGCAAAUUGAGGUUUUCCGGCACCGUCGGGGUCGUCGCUGGCUCGAGUUAGAAGACAGCCGAGAAAUCUUCGUGCCUCAGAAUUGUUGACCUCCAGAAUGCUUCGAUACCCAUAUUUUUGUAGAGUCUGUAAAACAUUUCUUUCAUGCUGGUUGGAAACUGGCAUGUGUAGUUUAGGUGUCAGGCCAAAAAAAAUACAUGUUACAGCAGAAACAUACAAUGAAUAUGAAGCCCAGGAGCAAACAGAUCAAACUGGAGCACAGGAGUUAAACAGAUCUCUUGAUAGAGAUUAUGAAGCUAUGAAUAAAUUACAUAUUCCAGUAAUGGUGGAUGAAGUUGUUCGUUGUUUGGCACCACAAAAAGGGCAGAUUUUUCUAGAUAUGACAUUUGGUUCAGGAGGACACACAAGAGCCAUUCUACAGAAGGAGUCAGAUAUUACUCUGUUCGUCUUAGACAGAGACCCGACAGCUUAUGCAAUAGCUGAACAGCUUUCAGAAUUCUAUCCUAAACAGAUCCGAGCUAUGCUAGGCCAGUUCAGCCAGGCAGAAGCCUUAUUAAUGAAAGCUGGAGUGCAACCAGGGACUUUGGAUGGAGUUCUUUUGGAUCUUGGUUGUUCCUCCAUGCAACUUGAUGCUCCUGAGAGAGGAUUUUCCCUUCGGAAGGAUGGCCCUUUGGACAUGAGAAUGGAUGGUGGCAGGUACCCUGACAUGCCCACCGCAGCUGAUGCUGUUAACGCUUUAGAUCAACAGGCACUUGCAUCCAUCCUGAGAACAUACGGGGAGGAGAAGCACGCCAAGAAAAUCGCUUCAGCAAUCGUUCAGGCACGCAGCAUCUACCCCAUCACCAGAACCCAACAGCUUGCCAGCAUUGUCGCAGGUGCAUUUCCUCCCUCUGCUACUUACGCACGGAAAGACGCACUGCAACGAUCUUCCCAUAUUGCUACCAAAGCUUUCCAAGCUUUUCGAAUAUUUGUGAACAAUGAACUCAAUGAACUUUACACAGGAUUGAAGACAGCUCAGAAGUUUCUGAGACCAGGCGGUCGCCUUGUUGCUCUCUCCUUCCAUUCACUAGAGGAUCGUAUUGUCAAAAGAUUCUUGCUUGGGAUAUGCAUUACAGAAAGAUUUAACCUAAGUGUUAGACAGAAGGUGAUACAAACAUUGCAGCUGGGAUCAAGUCAUGACAACAAAGAAAGAGUCUCAAUAGGAAGGGCCCCUUUAAUGUGGAAAUUGAUACACAAGAAGGUACUUACUCCAGAAGAUCAGGAUAUACAGGAUAAUCCCAGAGGGCGCUCAGCCAAGCUUAGAGCAGCUAUCAAAUUAUGAGAAAGUUAUCAUCUGAUCCUGUAAGUUUUCCCUUGCAGUUCCUCUUCAUAUUUUUCAUGUGAUAUUCCUGAACAUCUUAAUAUAAGUUUGGGAUAUAUAUAGAUAUAUACUAUAUAGGUGUGAAAAUUGAGGGCAUUUUGCAUUUUUUUCCCUAAAAAAGAAAAUGUUGGAAAUACUAGCAUGACACAGAAAAUUCAACUCAAGGAAGGGCAGCAUCUCAAAACAGAAAAAAAAUGUGUUUAUCUUAGCAUUGUAUUUGACUUUUGAAAUACAGUCCUUUAUCUAGGAAAUUAAACACAUACUAUGUAUAUUUAUCUAAAUACAUAAACUCAAACUGUCAAAAGAGAGAUUAUAUCUGCAUGCCAUAAAUUCUGAAUUUAGAUGCUCAGGUUUGCAACUGACCUUCAGUGGAUCAAAUAAUUAAUAAUGACCAGAGAAUUAAUUUUAAUUUCCCUACUUGGGAAUAAUUAAUUACUAUUAUAACUUCCUCAAAUGUAGGGAUUAUACAGAUUUAAAAUUUUCAAGUAUUAUUUAAAAAAUGCAUCAUACUGAUAAAUUUCACUGUUGAAAUUAUAGUGUUCAUUAUUUUAAAGGGAUUUCUCAGUGUGAUAUAUGCCAUAUUUUCAUACAUUGCAAAGUAAAAAUGUGGAGUUGCUCUAACAACCCUUACAGAAUGUUUCACAAAACUUAAAGUCAACUGUGUUUAUUUUAAUAAUAGCCCAGAAUGCUUGAUAAAUAAUAAACUCUCUAAUCAUUUGAAUUGUACAUAUUUUAAUUGAGAUAUUCAGAAUAAUUCAACAAGUCUAUCUGAAAUAGAAAAGUAUUUGAUGUGUUCAAGGUAUUAAAAAAUCAUUGGACCCUUAAUAUUUUUACUUAAAGAUGUUAAUUUUGAUUAUCAAAUAUUUAUUCAGGAGAUAUUCACUAGGUAGAGUAUACUCUAACAAAUUGAUGAGAUGGAUUCAUAAUUCACAUAUCAACUUUUUAUAUGUAAAGAUGAACCUCUAACUAAUUCAGUUAUUCAGCAGGUACUGAACUAGGCAGAAAAACAAAGUUCAGUAAAAUACACAUAGCCCACAGUACCUGUCCAAUGGAGUUUAUUUUAGUGGAGGAGAGUGACAGUAGUUAAAUAAUUAGAAAAAUUAUUAUAAAAUUGACACAGUAGUAAAUGCUACAAAGAAGCAGUACAGGUAUUGUAAGAACAUCUAGGAAGAAUUCAUCUACUGAAGAAAGUCAUGUCUGAUGAUGUGGUGCUUGAAUUAUGACCUAAAACUUGACUAAGAGAUACUCAAAGGAUGCAUGAACAUGCUGAUCAAAGGUCCAUGUGACUGUUUUCUUAUGUAAUUAUCCUUGAAAUCAUAUUUAUACUAUUAAUUUGCUCAGAAAACUAUUCAAAUACAGGGAAACUUAACCUUAGUUAUUAUUAAAAACUCUAAGUUGGUGAAUACAAGUAAGUAGGUAUCAGAACAACUGUGUGGGAAAUAUAUAAGAAUUAAUACUUGAAUUUACCUCAGAUUACUUUAUCUACCUCUGUAAUAUUUAACUUUUGUUGCCAAGUUUGUUUACCACAUUUACUUUGCAGACUUUAUUCUAAUCUUAACAAUCUGCAGUGAAAUCAGAAUUAGAAAAUAUGCUAGAGAAUAUGCUUAAAUUAGAAACAAAUGAGUGCACAUAGGUUAAUCCCCUAAAUCCUUCCUGAAAAAUUUUACAAGUUUCUCUGUUUAAGUCGUACUUACGAAUGAGAAAGAUUCCCACAGCCAAAUCCCCAUCUGAGAUUAGAAAAUAAGAUAUCAUACUCUUAAUAUCCAGCAGUGAUUUGUCAAUUAUUUUUGGAUCCUGUAUAGUAUGGAAUUUUUUCUUUAAUGUUAAAUGGAAACUGACUGCACUGAAUUGAAUAGUGCCCCCCAAAGUUCAUGUCCUUUCCAGAACCUCAGAAUGUGAUUUUAUUUGGAAAUACCAUCAUUGCAGAUGCAAGUAGUUAGGAUGAGGUCAUAUUUGAACAGGGCAGGCCCUUAAUCCAACAUGUCUGGCAUCCUGAGAAAAGAGUGACAGAGACACAGUAGAACACCACAUGAAGACAGAGGCAGAGGCUGGAGUGAAAUAUUUACAAGCCAAAGGACACCAAAGAUUACUGGCAGCCAUCAGAAGAUAGGAGAGAAGCAUGGAAUAGAUUCUCCUGCAGAAUCUUAGGUAGGAACCAACUCUGCUGACACCUUGAUUUCAGACUUCCAGCCUCCAGCACAGUGAAAGAAUAAAUUUCUGCUGUUGUAAGCCACCCAUUUUGUUGUAAUUUGUUCCAACAGCACUAGGAAAAUAACACUGUGACACAAAAAUGUCUUGAAUAAUGUGCAUGAAAAAAAUCCUUCUUCGAUAAACACAAAAUAGGUUUUAAAACAUUGUAGUGUAAAAAUAUAUUAGUUAUUUUCUGUAAUUAGGCUGUUCACUAGAAUCAUUCUUGCCUACUUCUUAGUCUUUGUAGUAGGAUGCUUAAUAAAAUACAUGAUGAGUUUUAAAUGGUUAACUCUGGAAAAUCGUUUUGGGAAAUUCAAAUAGUACAUUCAGAAAAUAAAAACUGAUUAUUCAACUGAUGUGCAUGUCUUUUCUAAUAAAAUAUAAAGAAUAUAAAAUAAGCAGUUUCACGUUUCUCAAUCUCUAUCGACUGCCUUCUAUCAAUCAUUUUUAAUAUAGC